AUUAUUAUUAAUUUUUUUUUCCGUUCUGUGCCAUACCUUAAGAUGAGGACAUAUUUUUCAGUUCUUCUCCAAAUGCACUGUGCGCAGUUGAUAAUACGCUUAUCUGUUGAUAUGGGAAGAAGAAUUACAGUCGCAUCUGUUAUAGAUCAUAUACAAAAGUGCAUGUUUUUUGUUUAUAUUUUAGCAACGGACAAUACUUCUGUUAGCAAAUUGGAAUCACUAAAGCAGCUUCCAGAUGGUAAAAGUAUUUAUGACUGAGUCAAUAAUUAUUCUUAAUUUUUUUAUCGGUUCUUUGCCAUACCUUAAGAUCAAGACAUGUUUUUCAGUUCUUCUCCAAAUGCAGUGUACGCAGCUGAUAAUACGCUUAUAUCUGUUGAUAUGGGAAGAAGAAUUACAGUCGCAUCUGUUAUAGAUUAUAUACAAAAGUGCAUGUUUUUUUGUUUAUAUUUUAGCAACAGACAAUACUUCUGUUAGCAAAUUGGAAUCACCAAAGCAGCUUCCAGAUGGUAAAAGUAUUUAUGACUGAGUCAAUAAUUAUUCUUAAUUUUUUUAUCGGUUCUGUGCCAUACCUUAAGAUGAGGACAUAUUUUUCAGUUCUUCUCCAAAUGCACUGUACGCAGUUGAUAAUACGCUUAUCUGUUGAUAUGGGAAGAAGAAUUACAGUCGCAUCUGUUAUAGAUCAUAUACAAAAGUGCAUGUUUUUUUGUUUAUAUUUUAGCAACGGACAAUACUUCUGUCAGCAACUCGGAAUCACCAAAGCAGCUUCCAGAUGGUAAAAGUAUUUAUGACUGAGUCAAUAAUUAUUGUUAGUUUUUUCAUUGGUUUCGUGCCAUACCUUAAGCUCAAGAUAUGUUUUUCAGUUCUUCUCCAAAUGCAGUGUACGCAGUUGAUAAUACGCUUAUCUGUUGAUAUGGGAGAAGAAUUACAGUCGCAUCUGUUAUAGAUCAUAUACAAAAGUGCAUGUUUUUUGUUUAUAUUUUAGCAACGGACAAUACUUCUGUUAGCAAAUUGGAAUCACUAAAGCAGCUUCCAGAUGGUAAAAGUAUUUAUGACUGAGUCAAUAAUAAUUAUUAUUAAUUUUUUUUUCCGUUCUGUGCCAUACCUUAAGAUGAGGACAUAUUUUUCAGUUCUUCUCCAAAUGCACUGUGCGCAGUUGAUAAUACGCUUAUCUGUUGAUAUGGGAAGAAGAAUUACAGUCGCAUCUGUUAUAGAUCAUAUACAAAAGUGCAUGUUUUUUGUUUAUAUUUUAGCAACGGACAAUACUUCUGUUAGCAAAUUGGAAUCACUAAAGCAGCUUCCAGAUGCAACAGACAAUACUUCUGUUAGCAAAUUGGAAUCACCAAAGCAGCUUCCAGAUGCAACGAACAAUACUUCUUGCAAUCAAAAUGACCAACAAUGAUUAUAUUUAUUAAACAAUAUAUUUUGGAAAUUUAUUCCAUCUUCAGGUCUAAAAUAUAAAAAACAUAUUCAGUAAAAACUGUUAAAAACAUUAAAAUAAUAAAGUUUUUUAUCAUACAUAUCAUACAUAGCAUCAUACACUGUA